AUGUCACGGAUGAUGAAUCCGCGACGGAUGUCGAAACGUCAGGCGAACAAAAAUAUUGUCUCAGCGAUGGAGUUGUCUUCUUCUCAAUUACUUGCUGGGACUCAUCAGCGGGAAGGCAGUACCUGUGAUCAUGGUUACUUCUCCUGCUCCGACUAUGACCAGGGCUGCUAUCCCAUUGACUAUCUCUGUGACGGAGUGGAGAACUGUGCUAAUGGAUCAGAUGAAUACGGCUGUUAA